AUGGAUGAGAGCGGACCAGCUCACAAAAAGCAGUUCACUGUUUCACUUGUGCUUACUCCCGAUCAGGUGUUUUAUGGGAAGGGAGCAUCCAUAAAAAAAGCUCAGCAAUCAGCCGCCGAUAGUGCCUUGAAAGAAACAACGUUGCCUAAACCUCGUGAAAAUGUCCCCAAAAAAGUCAAGAAAGGUAAGUUUUUUCAAGAGAAAAAAAUAAUCGAACUGUUGCUUUCCUUUGACUACAUUCAGCGAUUAAGACUGGUCUAUCUGCGAGAUCCACAGAAUCCCACUGUAUUGCUCAGUUAUGUCGCAGAGCGACUCGGACUGGAAUUAAAAUUUAUUGAGGAACUGUUGCCAUCGAAACGUAUCAUGAUGCCACGAUUGCCACCACCAGUACCGCCACCGCCGCUGCGACCACCUCAUCUUCCACCUUUAUCACUUCCAAUGCCUAUUAGACUAGUUUAUCCGCAGAAUCCCACUGUAUUGCUCAGUUAUGUCGCAGAGCGACUCGGACUGGAAUUAAAAUUUAUUGAGGAACUGUUGCCAUCGAAACGUAUCAUGAUGCCACGACUGGCACCACCAGUACCGCCGCCGCCGCUGCGACCAGCUCAUCUUCCACCUUUAUCACUUCCAAUGCCGCCUAUCGUACGAAGUGCUUUCAUGCCAAUGAUGUGCGAACGGCCUAUCGUACGAAGUGCUUUCAUGCCAAUGAUGUGCGAACGGUUUGUUUAUCCCCCGCCACGCGCAUCAUUUCCACCUCAAUGUGCUCCAGGCUCGACUUCGGCUCCUCCCGUGCUACCAAUGCAUAUGAUUGUGUCACCAACGAAAGCCCUGACACUUCGACCCGUGCCACCUCCUCUGGUUCCUGGCAUCGAUUUCACACAUCAGGUUCGCUUAGAAUUAGGCAAAGAUUUUCCGGAAUUUAUUGGCAGAGGAAUGACGAUGCUGGGAGCCGAGAUUCAAGGAGCCGGUUCUGAAAUUUCCAAAUCGGUUGUUACAGUCACUCGACAUGGCAAACCGAAGUCAUCGAUCUCACAAAUACAUGAGUGUGCUUUAUACAUGCGUAUGAAUGUUGAAUUUCUUGUUGUUAAAGAAGAGGGGCCGGCGCACGACAGACAUUAUGUGCUACGGUGCAGCCUGAUCUCGGAUGAUAAAGUAAUCUCGGCGGAUGGCGAGGGAAGUAGCAAGAAGAUUGCGAAACAGAAUGCUUGCUCACGAAUGCUCGAACAGUUGAAAUCUGUUGAGUCAUCGCCUAUUUUUAUUGCUGCAAAUGUGAUUAAAUUGCAAAAGAAGGUUGGUCCGCCGAAGGAGCUGAAACGAAAGACAAUAAUCAAAGUGAUCUGCGAUAACGAUCAACGCUGUGAAGGUACAGGGCCGAACAAGAAACUUGCAAAGCGAGCUGCUGCCGAAGCAAUGCUAGCCAAAAUUGGUUAUGUGAAGCCGAUGCCAAAACCCGGAAAAAGCCUGUUGAAGAGGCGACCAAACGAUGUACAGCAGCCAGUUGAAAUUGGUAAAAAUUCCCCUGCACAUCAUUUUCAUAUUUUUUUAUCAGAACUUCUUGGUAAUACAACUUCUCAACCGUGUCAUGUCAACCAAUUGAAAAAUGCUCUAACUUAG